UGGGCAGGCGGACCUGCAGGACAGGCUGGACCCCGAACACCGAGCCCACUCUCCGCUCCAGGCCCGGGCCAGCCCUGUACAACCUUUUAUUUUCUUUUUCUUGAAAAGGAAAGAAUCUGCGUUUUCUAAUCUGUGUGAAAGGGGAAACGCUCGGGCCCGCAGAUCACAGAGGAUCGGGUCCUCCCGGCUUCCUAGAGUUUCCCGAAAGUACUUUUGGGUGGCUUCCGGCCGCCCUGCCGCUUUGUGUUCGGGCUGUUCCGCUUCAGACCUCGCGCGCGCGCCAGGCAGCUGCAGCUGGGACCGGACUGAGCCGAUUGAUCAGAGAGGAGGAAGCAGCCAUGUCCGCCGUCGGAGCUGCAGCUCCAUACUUGCAUCACCCUGGUGUCAGUCACAGCGGCCAGGUGAGUUUCCUGGGGGCCCAGCUUCCCCCAGAGGUGGCAGCCAUGCCCCGGCUCCUGGGGGACUUGGACAGGGGCACAUUCAGAAAGCUGUUGAAGCUGGUGGUCAGUGGCCUGCAGGGAGAGGACUGCCGUGAAGCUGUGCAGCGCCUUGGGAUUACUGCGCACCUGUCGGAGGAGCGGCUGGGUGCCCUGCUUGCUGGCACCCACACGCUGCUCCAGCAGGCCCUCCGGCUGCCCCCAGCCAGCCUGAAGCCUGACACCUUCAAGGACCAGCUCCAGGAACUCUGCAUCCCCCAAGACCUGGUCAUGGACUUGGCCAGUGUGGUGUUUGGGAGCCAGCGGCCUCUCCUUGACGCUGUGGCCAGGCAGCAGGGGGCUUGUCUGCCCCACGUUGCCAACUUUCGGUGGAGGGUGGAUGUGGCAAUCUCUACCAGUGCCCUGGCCCGCUCCCUGCAGCCCAGUGUCCUGAUGCAGCUGACACUUUCAAAUGGGUCAGCACACCACUUUGAGGUCCCCACAGUCAAAUUCCAGGAGCUUCGGUACAGCGUGGCCUUGAUGCUAAAGGAGAUGGCUGACCUGGAGAAGAAAUGUGAGCACAAACUGCAGGACUGACCUGCUCUCCCAGUGGCUCUGGUGACCGGAGGGCAGUUGCUCAGGCAUAUCCAAAGGGAAGCCCACCCUGCCUAGGAAACACUCUUCAGUGAGCGUGUGAAUGCAGCCAUGUCAUUCUGUUUGAUUGAAAAAGUCAGCAUUGUUUUUCCUUUAUUUGGGAGUAAAGCAAUGAUUAAAAACA